AUGUCUGCCGUCAAGGGUGUCGUCCGUCUCCGCGUCGCCGCCGGCAAGGCCGCGCCGUCGCCUGCCAUCGGUCAGGCCCUCGGUCCGCUCGGUGUCAACAUGAUGGAGUUCUGCCGCUCGUUCAACGACCGCACGGCGCACUUGACGCCCAGCAUCCCGGUGCCCGUCCAGCUCACGGCCAUGAACGACCGUACGUUCUCGUACACGAUCAAGACGCCGCCGACGACGUGGUUCUUGAAGAAGGCGGCGCAGAUCACGAGCGGCUCGGAGCUCACGGGCCAGAAGGAGGUCGGCCAGGUCUCGCUUCGCCAUAUCUAUGAGAUCGCCAAGGUCAAGCAGCAGGACGAGCUGCUGGAUUACAUUGAGCUCGAGAGCCUGUGCAAAAACAUCAUCGGCUCGGCCAAGUCGAUGGGCCUCCGCGUUGCCUGCAGCUGCAGGAGCAUGGAUCCGUCACGACUACAACGCGCCAAGCUCGCCGUGCCAACGCUCUUGUGCUGGACAUACCAGCACCCGCUCCCGGGCCAUCUUUCGCUAAGGGACCUCGUCGUGGCCUUGCAUGUCAUCCUCAUCUACUCUGCCCAUGUGUAG